AUGGGAUGCAGGGAGGUCUUACAGCAGUUGCCAAUCGGUUCCUGGCCGCAGCAGGUUUCACAGAGCCUGGAUGCCCGCAAGCGAAAGAAUCGGAGGCUGAAGCAGGCAAAAGAAGAAGCCCAGGCAGAGAUUGAACAGUACCGGCUGCAGAGGGAGAAGGAGUUCAAAGCCAAGGAAGCAGCGGCCCUUGGAUCUCAUGGCAGCUGCACCACUGAAGUUGAGAAGGAGACCCAGGGGAAGAUGAGCGUAAUCCAGCAGAACUUCCAGAAGAACCGUGAGGCAGUGCUCUCCCAGCUGCUAUCUCUCGUGUGUGAAAUCAAACCUGAAAUCCAUGUGAAUUACCGCAUCAAUGGGUAGUUGUGGAAGAAUGGAUGAGCAUCCUGGAAACGCUGGCAGUAACAUCUGAGUUUCAGGUGGAAUGUACAGCCCUUAGCCAUACCUUACCUGUUCUUCUUGUAACGAUGUUAAUUUAUUUCAAUGAGUUGCAGGUCAUCAAUAUCUUGUUGGAGUUCUGUUAGUUUGCCUCUUGACAUAGCUUCAGAACUUAUUCAA